AUGGACACAACCGUUGCUAGCCUACCUCCCGCAGUGGGAGAUCUGCUCAUGAAGAACAUCGGCAUAAUACAGAUAGUGUCGAUGUAUUCUAUUGGUGCUUACAGUGCGCUGGAAACCGGCUUUUUCACUUUCUUUUUCUUCAAAAAAUAUUGUGGCUUGUUAUUUUGGAGUAUGCAAGCCGCUUCCUGGGGAAUCAUUGUACAUGCCCUUCCAGCCAUGACCCGAUUCAUUUCUCAAUCAUCCAAUCUGCCGACAUCAAUUCCAUUCAUACUUGGCUGGUAUGCCAUGGUGACCGGCCAAGCUGUUGUGUUGUAUUCACGGGUACAUCUGCUCGCCCCCAUCGAAUGCAAAACACGAUGGAUGUUGUGGAUGAUUGUCGUGAACGCUUUCAUUCUUCAUAUCCCAAUGACAGUGUUGUUCUUCGGCCUCAACAGCGGAGUGGCGGGGUUUGCUCGUCCUGCUGCAAUAUUUGAUCGAAUCCAGUUGAUUGGUUUCUGCAUUCAAGAUCUCGUCAUCUGCAGUAUCUACAUCUAUCACACAGUUUUGUUGUUGAAAGACAGUCGUAAUUUGCACCGAACUGGGAGCCGCAAAGUGCUCGUCAAUUUACUCUGUGUCAACAUCCUGGUUGUGCUCAUGAAUAUUUUGCUCCUCGUCACGGAAUUCAAACUCCACUACAUCCAAGUCAGUUUCAAGACGGUGGCUUACAGUAUCAAGCUGAAGCUGGAGUUCUCUGUGUUGAAUGAAGUCCGCUCCUUUUUUUUCCAAUUCGAUCUACCUUGGCGCUUCAGAGGUCGACAAGAAGCCUCACCAAGAUGA